AUGUCUGGACCGUCCGAAAUAACAGCACCAAUAACUAGCGCUGCAUCGAACAUGCCAGGGUCAACCGACUUGACACCAUCCCUACCAACUGAUGCACCGUUGAACGCGUUUAUGGCAGCCAACCUGACUACAAUGGUACCGACCAGUGCUCCAUUAAACAUAUCUGAGCCCACCGAUAUGAUAACACCCAAACUCUCUAGUGCCCCAUCAAAUAUGCAUGCGAUAGCCAACAUGACACAGUCACCAACUAGUGUUUCACAGAAUACGUCUUGGUCAACCGACGUGACAGCAUUACCAUUCACGAGUGUAUCCUCAAAUAUGUCAAUGGCUGCCAACAUCACAGCAUCACCACUCACCAGCGCAACAUGGAACAUGUCUGCCACGACCCACACGAAUACUCCUUCCCAGAUCAGUGCAUCAUCAAACAUGCUACUGUCAGCGAAUAUUACAGCACCACCACUCACCAGUGCUCCAUCCAACAUGUUUGGGUCAAUCGACCUCACAGAACCUCCACCAACUGGCGCGUCAUCGAACACAUUUGGGGCAGUUAACUUGACCACAUCGACACCAGCUAGUGCAUCAUCGAACAUGUCACUGCCAGGCGACACGAUAACAUCACCACCCACUACUACAACAUCGAACAUAUCUGCGUCGAUCGACAUCACCGGCCCACCACCUACUAGUGCAUCAUCCUACAUGUCGCAGCCAGCCAACCAGACAGCACUACCACUAACUAGUGAGCCAUUACGUAUCUCUGAAACAGUCAACACUACAGCACAACCAUCAACCGAUACAUCAUCGAACACCUUCGGGGCAACCAACUUGACUAUCUCAUCAGUGACUGUUCCAUCAUACAACAUGUCUGAAACCGCAGAUAUGGUAACGCUCUCUCUAAUUACGGCCCCAUCCAAUAUAAAUGGGAUACACAACAUGACACCAACAGUCGCCACCGAUGCACCAUCAAACAUGACCAUGCCACCCAAUAUGACUGCACCACCACUCACCAGUGCAACAUGGGACAACUCUACGUCGACCAGCAUGACCAUCUCAGCACCUACAAAUGUUUCAUUGUAUAUGGCCGUGCUACCCAACGCAACAGCCACCCCACCAACAAGUGCACCAUUGCACACAUUUGCAGCGGCUAACCUUACUGCACCCGGACCAACCAGUCCAACAUUGAAUAUAUCUGGGGCCACCGAUAUAACGUCACUUCUACCGACAAGUGACCCAUCAACCUUUUAUGCGUUACCAAACAUCACAACACUACUAACGAAUGCUACAUCGAACAUGCCACUGUCAACCGACUUCACAACAUUACCACCGACCGCUGACCUAUUCAAAAUGUCCGGGUCACCAAACACGACAGCAUCGUCGUCCGUGAUUCCAUUGUCGAACAUGUCGCUUGAAGCUGACACAACAACCACGCCCUUCAGUUCACCACAGAGUCUGUAUACGACAGCGAACAUGAUCGCCCCACCUUCAGCUACUGCAUCAACGAACAUGUCGGCGCAAAUCAAUGCAACAGCAUCAACACUCGCUAGUGUAACAUCGAAUAUGUCAAUGGGCAGUGGCAUGACGGUACCAGCAUUAAACACUGUGCUCUCAAACACUUCGUUGCCGGCGAGCAUGACACUACAACCAUUCACCAGUGAACCAGUCACCAUGUCUAUCACAGCCAACAUAACAGCAGUAUCAUCAAAUGGUACAUUAUUCAAUACGCAUGGAAUGGCCAACCUAACAGCAUCAGCAUCACCAACGACUCAACUUUCCAGCACAUCUAACCCAUCCAACAUGACACCACCAUCACUCGCUAGUGAACCAUUAAACACAUAUAUGCCAGCCAAUAUAACAGGACCUCUCCCCACUAGUGGCCCAUUUGAUCUGUAUCCCACGGCGCACCUGACUGCAUCGCCUCUGACGGGUGCAACAUCUAAUAUGUUGUGGGUAGGCAACACAACAGCAUCAGCAUCGUCAAUCAGCGAACUUUCCAGCACAUCGACGCCAAGCAACAUGACAGCGUCCUCACCAAAUGGUGCAACAUCCAAUAUGAAUCCUAUAGAGAAUGUAACUGGACCGCCACUAACCACUCCAUUAUCGAAUAUAUAUGGAAUGGCUAGCAUGACAGCAUCGGCAUCACUAAUCAGUGAACCUUCCACCACAUCUACGCCAAGCAACAUGACAGCAUCGCCACCAAGUGGUAUACCAUGGAAUAUGUAUGCUACAGCUAAUGCCACCGGAGAGCCACUAACCAGUGAAUUAUCGAAUAUAUUUGCAAUGGCCAACAUGACAGCAUCAGCAUUAUCAACCAGUGAACGUUCCAUCACAUCCACGCCAAGCAACAUGACAGCAUCCUCGCUAAGUGGUGCACCAUAUAGCAUGUAUGCUACAGUCAAUGUGACUGGACAGCCACUAACCAGUGAAUUAUCAAAUAUCUAUGGAAUGGCCAACAUGACAACGCCAGCAUUACCAACCAGUGAAAUUUCCAGCACAUCUACAUCAACCAACUUCACAGCAUCCUCACCAAGCGGCGCAUCAUCUAAUAUGCACGCUACAGCCAAUGUGACUGGACAGCUACUAACCAGUGAAUUAUCGAAUAUCUAUGGAAUGGCCAAUAUGACAACGCCAGCAUUAACAACCAAUGAAAAUUCCAGUACAUCUACAUCAACCAACUUCACAGCACCCUCACCAAGUGGUGCAGCGUCUAAUAUGUAUGCUACAGCCAAUGUGACUGGACAGUCACUAAUUAGUACAUUAUCGGAUAUGUAUGGAAUGGGCAACAUGACAGCGCCAGCAUCACCAACCAGUGAACUUUCCAGCACAUCGACGCCAAGCAACAUGACAGCAUUUCCACCAAGUGGUACACCAUCUAAUACGAAUCCGAUAGCCAAUGUGACUGGACAGCCACUAACCAGUGCAUUAUCGGAGAUGUAUGGAAUCACGAACAUGACAGCGCCCGCAUCACCAACCAGUGAAUUUUCCAGCACAUCGACGUCAACGAACUUUACAGCGCACUCACCAAGUGGUGCGGCAUCUAAUAUGUAUGCUACAGCCAAUGUGACUGGACGGUCACUAAUUAGUACGUUAUCGAAUAUGUAUGAAAUCGCCAACAUGACAACAACAGUAUCACCAACCAGUGAAAUUGUCAGCAUAUCUAUGCCAAGCAACAUGACAGCACCGUCACUAAGCGGUGCAUCAUCUAGUAUGUAUGCUAUAGCCAAUGUGACUGGACAGCCACUAACCAGUGAAUUAUCGAAUAUGUAUGGUGUGGCCAACAUGACAGCAGCAAUAUCAACAACUAGUGAACUUGCCAGCAGCUCGACUCCAGGCAACAUGACUGCAGCUUCACCGAUUGUUGCACCGUCGAAUAUGUAUGGGACAACGGAUUUGACCGUAGUUCCGUCUGCUAGUACACAUUUGAACACGUCUGUGCAAGCUAACACGCCAGCAUCAGCGUUCUCAAGUGCCUCACCGAAUACAUCUUGGACGGUUAACAGUUCCGUGGCACCAGCAGUUAGUGUGUCUUUGAACAUGUCUGCGGCAACCAAUAUGACACCACCUACCAGUGCCCCAAUGAACAUAUCCGGUGCAGGCAAUAUAACAGCAUAUAUUCUGGUCAGUGAAACGUCGAGCAUGCCUACGCCAGUGAACAUGACAGCCAUACUGUCUACUAGUGCACUAUCAAAUUCUUCGGCGCCAGUUACUACUAGUGCACCAUGGAGCAUGUCCACGUCGGCUAACGGUACAGCAUCAGUUAUUAGUAGUUUGAUCCCGGAUAUGUCUACGCAAGGAAACAUGACAGUACCAGUGUCAAGUAUGGCGCCAUUGAAUAUAUCGGUGAAUGCGAGCAUGACAGCCGUAGAACUAACCAGUGUGCCAGGAAAUAUGUCUGCGGCUGGUAACAUAACAGCAGCCCCACCUAUUACAGCGGUAUCGAACUUGUCUAUGCUGGCCAACAUGACAGGCCUCUCGCCAACGAGUUCGCCGUGGAAUGCUUCUAAUGCAUCCUAUAGUACAAGCGUCACACAGGGUACGUUGUCAUCGAGCACUGUUGGUAUUAGUUCGCUGGGAGUAGUAAAUACAACGGCUACUUCUUCGAUGUCAGGUCAAGUGAGUCCGUCGCAGCAAGCAUCUGCAAGUGCGUCUAAUGCUGCUGUGGUUUAUGAAGUCGCAUGGUCAAUAUCGAUGUUUUGUUGCGCUGUGUUCUUCAUCGGGAUAGGUGGUGCCAUUUUCCCAUAA